AACACAAAUCAAUGGAGUACGCGGCUUUCUUUCUCUUCCUAUCUUCCCUUCUGACAUUCAUCUACGCCCUCACCAUUUUCGGCCGCCGCAACUCACGGCUUCCGCCGGGACCUUACCCUUUUCCGAUCAUCGGAAACCUACUACAAGUUGGCAACAAACCCCAUCACUCUCUUGCCAUACUCUCAAAACGUUACGGUCCAUUCAUGUCACUCAUGCUCGGAAGCAAAACCACCAUCGUCAUUUCAUCACCCGAUAUGGCGAAAGAGUUCUUUCACACAAAUGACCAAUCGUUCUCCGGUCGGUUUAUAACCGAGGCCAUCCGAUCGGUCGACCACCAUAAAUUCUCUCUAGUGUGGUCGCCGGGCGGAGAUCAGUUGCGUCGAUUACGAAGAAUAACCAAAGAAUAUAUGUUCUCCGUGCGAUGUCUAGACGAUAGCGAACUCCGACGCAGAGAGAAGGUACGAGAACUUCUUGACCACGUGAAUCAAUGUUCGGUCGAGGCAAGGGCCGUUAACAUAGGUUCGACUACGUUCACGACCAUUCUAAACAUUCUUUCGACCUUCAUUUUCUCGUUGGAUUCGUCUCAAUACGAUUCGGUGUCAUCACAAGAAUUCAAGGACAAUGUAUGGGCUUUGAUGGAAUAUGCAGGGAUGGUGAAUCUUGCAGACUUUUUUCCAAUACUUAAACCAUUCGAUCCACAAGGAAUAGUACGACGAGGAAGUGUUCAUUUGAAGAAGUUACUGACGAUUUUUGAUAAGCUCAUUGAUCAACGGAUUCAGACCAGAUUGAGUUCAUCAUCGAACGAUGGUAUUUCGUCUACAAAGAAUGAUGUUUUGGACUUGUUGCUCAACCUUAAGCAGAAAGAUGAAUCCGAAUUCAGCCAAAUUGGAUUGGGACAUUUGUUUCUGGAUUUAUUUGUUGCGGGAACUCAUUCAACAUCGAGCACUGUAGAAUGGGCGAUGACUGAGCUCAUUCGUAACCCAGAUAAAAUGGCAACGGCUCGAUCAGAGCUUGUUAAACUCAUGCAACACGACAACCGGAACAUAGAAGAACGAGAUAUCAUUCAACUCCCUUAUUUAAGAUCUAUCAUAAAAGAAACCUUUCGGUUGCAUCCUCCGGCCCCUUUUCUUGUCCCUCACGAAGCCAUUCAUGACGUAGAAGUCCGUGGUUUUGUCGUGCCUAAAAACGCACAAAUCCUUUGUAACGUUUGGGCAAUGGGGCGAGAUCCAAACAUUUGGCCGGCCCCGGAAAUGUUCAUGCCCGAGAGGUUUUUGGAAGACGAGAUCAACUAUAAAGGCCAGUAUUUCGACCUCAUUCCGUUUGGUACCGGGAGGAGAAUUUGUCCGGGAUUGAAUAUUGCACAUAGAAUGUUACAUAUGACGUUGGGAUCAUUGAUUCACAAGUUUGAUUGGAAGCUUGAAGGAGAUAUGAGAGCACAAGAUAUGGAUAUGGAGGAGAAGUUUGGAAUCACCUUGCAAAAAAAAGUACCACUUAUGGCCAUACCAAUCAAAGGUUGUCUACGUUUAUAAUUUAGCAUUACAUAUAUCAACAACAUCCUUAUCAUAUGUGAUAAUACUUGUGAGGGGGCUUAGUGGUGUAAGGGCGACUUGACCUGUAACCAAGAUCGCAUCGGAAAUCGUCUGUGUCUCUGUUUUAGUAUCACAUGUGUAUCAUAUGUGAAGGAAUAAUAGUAUCA